GUGAGACAUUUGCCCUUCAAUAGGUUGAUGUGUAGUGUUAGUUGUAAUAAUAUUCUUUAUUGGUCAGCAUGUGGCAGACUACAUAAAAAUGCCAUGCAGAAAAUUCUACUUGUGAAGCCCAAUCCUACUGCCAUUAGACAACUCUAUACAACUAAAAUCAGCUACAGCCAUGGGUCAGUGAACAACAUGGAGGUACAGAAAUUAUCAGACAGGUUGGAGCUCCACACAGCCCUGACAAGGUCCACAACUCAGUGGCCUGUUGACCCCAAGCGUGUGCUGGUGCUGUUCUUCCCUUGGCUGGGUGCUAGAAAAAAGCACAUCCAGAAGUACUGUGACCUCUACAGGUCAACUGGAUUGGACGUUCUGGUGGUGAAUUCCGCCAAUUCUGAUUUCUUGUGGCCGCCAAAUUCAUUCAAGUUGGCCAAACAAACAACAGAGGUUUUGCUAACCAAGCUUCAAAGAUACGACCACUACUUACUGCAUUCAAUGUCAGCUGGAUCGUACAACCUCACCGUUCUUGGCAUUCACGCAAGAGACCAAGGUCUCAAGGGGCAAUUACUGGACAAAUUUCGUGGCGUUGUUUACGACAGUAUUGUUGUCGGUGGAGGAAAAGCUGGCGUCAUCAAAGGCGCUGGCUCUCCUGACAGUGGCAAUGAAAUGCCUGCUCUAGACAGAAUGAUUAAAGGGGUGGCCAGAUCAGUUAGCCAUAACUGGGCCGUAGAAAAAUUAAUCAUGCUGGUGGCUAAAAUGUAUUUUUUCACCACUAAGAAACACACGGUUGAGUUUUAUAAUAAAGCGGUGGAUGUGGUUAGGGAUGAACCUUUCACUGUUCCGACGCUGGUCUUUGCGUCAAGAGAUGAUCCGAUGUGCGACGCUGCAGUGUGUCAGGCGCUGGUGGAGAUCUGGAGGAAGGAGAAGAAACUUCCAGUCACCCUCCGCAUGUGGGACAGCUCACCCCAUGCCCAGCAUUUGAACUAUCACACCCAAGAGUACGAAGCGGCUCUCCAUGAAUUUUUAUCUUUUGUCUUCUCGGACAAGAAAUUCUCAAUUUCUGAGACAAAAUCCAAGCUGUGAUUUUAAUGUGUUUAUCUUUCCUGUUGAAUUUUCACCCCCGUGAUAUAUUUAACGCUGAUCAAUUCUCUGAUUUGACUUAAUCCUUUGGAGCCUAAAGGAGCUUAAUGAGGCAACUACAUUGUUCAAACAGACUUUGAUCAGUCCUCCAGGAUUAUUUAUAUUUCUAUUUUUUUACUUUGUUAGUUCCAUUCUACUAGACAGCUUGCUUUAGAAUGUUUUCUUCUGAUAAGUUUUGUCAUUUUUAUUUAAAUUUUCUUUUUAUUUAAAUUUUGUAUCGUUGAUAAAUGCUCAUUCUUUUUGAUUUUUAUCACUGAAGAAAUAUCUGUUAAAUUUUCAUUCCAUGUGCAAUUAAAUUGUUAAUUUUAAUGAUAAUGAGCUUGUGAUCUGUAACUACAAUGGUUCUAAUUAAUUUUUUUUCCAGGUCUGCUUAAAAUUUUGUUUACACUGUUUGUUUCAUUUUACUAGACAGUCUAGUGCUUGCUUUAGAAUGUUUUCUUCUGAUAAAGUUUCAUCAUUUUAAAAUUUUCUACCUCACUUGAUUUAUUUUUAACCUGGACAAUUGUUUAUUCUAUUUGCUUAUAAUUCCAGAAGAAAUAUUCAUCUAUUAAAUUUUCAUCCCAUGUCCAAUUAAAUUGUUGAGUUUGAUGACAAUGAGCUUAUUAUCUGUAACUAAAAUGAAUCUAAUUAAUGACCAAGUGCUCUGAUCAGUGUUGAUGACUGUGUGCUAUCAGUUUAGUUGAAAGGCACAUUUUUCUUGGCUUGUUUUUAUUGUUUUAGGUAUGAUGUACAUGAUGUACAACUACGCAAGUUUCAUUACUGUUUUAUGACCGUCUGUGCCUUCAUUUCUGUCGGCCAGUGGCGUAGCGAGGUCGGGUGUCACCCGGUGCGGCACUUAAUGGUGUCACCCCCCAGAGGCGUAGUAACCCUUCCCGGGGACAAACUUUC